AUGUCUUGGGAGAAGCAGUGUGAUGUCACACGCAUAACACAGGACCCUGGUUUCCCAGGACAACCGGUGGUCAGAAGGGCUCGAGUGGCACGAGAUGAGUCAAACAAUGGAUUUACAGGGCAACAGCUGCAUGUCAUUAGCCACCGGCUACAGAUUCUUGUGGACACUGGAAGCAGUAACUUCGCUGUGGCCGGUGCCCCACAUUCCUACGUAGACUCCUACUUUGACUCAGAGAGAUCCAGCACAUACCACCCUAAGGGCUUUGAUGUCACUGUGAAGUACACACAGGGAAGCUGGACUGGCAUCGUUGGUGAGGAUAUUGUCACCAUCCCCAAAGGCUUCAACAGCUCUUUCCUGGUCAACAUUGCCACUAUUUUUGAGUCUGAGAAUUUCUUUUUGCCUGGGAUUAAGUGGAAUGGAAUUCUCGGACUUGCUUAUGCUGCCUUGGCCAAGCCAUCAAGCUCUCUUGAGACCUUCUUUGAUUCCCUGGUGGCCCAAGCGAAGAUUCCAGACAUUUUCUCCAUGCAGAUGUGUGGGGCCGGAUUGCCAGUAGCCGGAUCUGGUACCAACGGAGGUAGUCUUGUGCUGGGUGGGAUUGAACCAAGUUUGUAUAAAGGAGACAUCUGGUAUACCCCCAUUAAAGAGGAAUGGUACUAUCAGAUAGAGAUCCUGAAAUUGGAAAUUGGAGGCCAAAGCCUCAACCUGGACUGCAGAGAGUAUAAUGCGGACAAGGCCAUUGUGGACAGCGGCACCACACUCCUGCGCCUGCCCCAGAAGGUGUUUGAUGCGGUGGUGGAAGCUGUGGCCCGCACAUCUCUGAUUCCAGAGUUUUCUGAUGGCUUCUGGACAGGGGCCCAGCUGGCAUGCUGGACAAAUUCUGAAACGCCAUGGGCAUAUUUCCCUAAGAUCUCUAUCUACCUGAGAGAUGAGAACUCCAGUCGCUCCUUCCGCAUCACUAUUCUGCCACAGCUCUACAUUCAGCCCAUGAUGGGAGCUGGUCUCAAUUAUGAAUGCUACCGUUUUGGUAUCUCCUCUUCCACAAAUGCACUGGUGAUUGGUGCUACGGUGAUGGAGGGCUUCUACGUGGUCUUUGACAGAGCUCGGAAGAGAGUGGGCUUUGCAGCAAGUCCCUGUGCAGAGAUCGAAGGUACCACAGUGUCAGAAAUCUCCGGGCCCUUUUCCACUGAAGAUGUAGCCAGCAACUGUGUCCCAGCACCAGCUCUGAAUGAGCCCAUCUUGUGGAUUGUGUCCUAUGCCCUGAUGAGCGUGUGUGGAGCCAUCCUCCUUGUUCUGAUCCUCCUGCUGCUGCUCCCGGUGCGCUGCCGACAUGCUCCCCGAGACCCUGAGGUCGUUAAUGAUGAGUCCUCACUGGUCAGACAUCGCUGGAAAUGA